ACAAUCGUAGUCCUAUCGUUACAAGAUGCGUCCCCUCACAGAAUCCGAAACCCAAACCCUCUUCACCAAACUCGCCAACUACACCGGCCGAUCCCUCACCAACCUCAUCACCGAAACUAUCACCACCCCCAACUCCAAAACACCCGACCGCCAUGUGUUCCGCAUCCAAGGCUGCCGCGUCUACUACGUGCGCGAAUCGAUCGCGAACCUUGCCACCAGCGUCGCGCGCGACAAUCUCCUGUCGCUAGGGACCUGCAUCGGGAAGUUCACCAAGACCGGAAAGUUCAGGCUGCAUGUCACGGCGCUCGAUAUCAUUGCGCCGCAUGCGCGAUAUAAGGUGUGGGUCAAGCCGAACGGAGAGAUGCCAUUUUUGUAUGGGGGGAAUGUGUUGAAGGCGCAUGUUGGGCGGUGGAGUGAGGAUUGUCCGGAGCACCAGGGGGUGGUGGUGAUGGCGAUGAAUGAUACGCCAUUGGUAAGUCGUUCUUCACGCUCAGGUUUCUUAGGGAAUGGGUAUUAACUAUGAUAGGGCUUCGGUGUCACCGCGAAGGCGACGGCGGAUGCGCGUCGUUUAGACCCCACGGGCAUCGUGACAUUCAGACAAGCGGAUAAUGGCGAAUACCUA